GCCAAAUCAAAUCCAGAGGCAGCGAGAAGCCGCCCGCGACGACCGCGAGGGCUCCUCUGCUCGAGAGGCGCGAGCGGAGGGAGUCUCUCGGCGUCAGCGGGGGCGGAGAUCCCGCCAGGAUCCCUUGCCGCCCGCCGCCGACGUCCGCCGGUUUCUGCUGGAAACGGAGGAGAAGCGCCGCCGCCGCGGCCGAGGCGCUGCCUGGCCAAUGCUGGUGGAGAGUGGAGAUACCCGCGAAAUCGCCGGGUGCAGUGGAGGUGUAUGAGGUUGCGCUCGGCCAGCAGGAAUGCGAUUCGUCUUGGGUAUCUAGAGUCGACUUGCUGCUGUGAAGGGAUUCCUUCUGUCAGGGAUUGGGGCACAUGGAGUCGCGGAUGGAUCAGUACGAGAUCAUGGAGCAGAUUGGCCGGGGCGCCUUUGGUGCCGCAAUCCUUGUGAAUCACAAGAUUGAGAAGAAGAAGUAUGUGUUGAAGAAAAUCCGGCUUGCAAGGCAGACAGAGCGCUGCCGCAAGUCUGCUCACCAGGAGAUGGCUCUGAUUGCUCGGUUGCAACACCCUUACAUUGUUGAUUUCAAGGAGGCUUGGGUUGAGAAGGGUUGCUAUGUCUGCAUUGUGACGGGCUAUUGUGAAGGUGGAGACAUGGAUGAAUUGAUGAAGAAAUUAAAUGGUACCUACUUCCCUGAGGAGAAAUUGCUGAAAUGGUUUGCACAACUGGUAUUGGCCGUGGACUAUUUGCAUUCAAACUAUGUCUUGCAUCGGGACCUGAAGUGCUCCAACAUAUUCCUCACCAAAGAUCAAGAUAUACGCCUAGGAGACUUUGGGCUAGCUAAGACCUUAAAGGAAGAUGAUUUAACUUCUUCAGUUGUUGGAACACCGAAUUACAUGUGUCCAGAGUUGCUUGCAGAUAUCCCUUAUGGAUUCAAGUCAGACAUCUGGUCUCUGGGGUGCUGUAUGUAUGAGAUGGCAGCACAUCGGCCUGCUUUCAAGGCUUUUGAUAUGGCUGGAUUAAUAAGUAAGAUUAAUAGGUCAUCCAUGGGCCCCUUGCCUGCUUGUUACUCUUCUUCUAUGAAAACUCUUAUCAAAAGCAUGUUGAGAAAGAGUCCUGAGCAUCGACCUACUGCAUCUGAGAUUCUGAAGAACCCGUAUCUGCAACCUUAUGUUAAUCAACACCGCCCUCUUUCUGAUGCUCCAAAUCCCAUGCGGAUGCUAGAGAAACCAUUAUCCACUUCACGGGGCAACCAGAGAUGCACGUCUGAGAGCCAAAGCAGUAGCAUUUCUUGUAGUGAUAUUGACAGUACACAAUCAAGUGACAGAAGCACAUCGGGGGGUGUUGUUAGCACUGAUAGCAAGCCUAGCGAGAUCAGAAUCAUCCAAGAUGCAGACCGAGCCGAUUCAGACGACAAAUGUGUAACACCAGAAGAUCUUAGAGGCAACAAGAACAUUUCUGGUGCUGAACUGAAAAGACAAGACUCAAAAUCUGUACAUCAGCAUCACAGGGGUGAGAAUAAGCAGCCAAAAAUAAUUGAGAAGAUAAUGACAACUCUUAGAGAGGAGAGUAGGCUUAGAGAGAGCAAUACUCAUGUGAGCUCUAGUAGUGAAAAGCUGAUUUCUGCAUUCAGCAAUAAGAAUCAAGAAGAGCAAUCAUCAGAGAGCUCAAGGCCUCACAGUGGUGUUUCAUACAGUUCAAAGUUCAGUGACAUUUCAUCUAAUGGAUGGACCAAUACAAGUGAUGAAUGUGUGAGUCCUGUCCAGGCACCAUUGCAAUUGAAACAACCGUCACCAAUUGUUGAGCAUUCUCCAAAGAUAAAAAAUUCCAGGUCCUCAACUCCUGAACCUGCCAAGAAGAUGACAGAAAAUGGUUCUUCAGCCUCAGGAAUGAGUAAAAUCAAGUCGUCACCUAGUUCUAGUAGACGGCCUAGUCCUCAGAGACAAACAGGGGCAGGGAUUCCAAGCUUGCCAGUCACUGUGCCAAAACGUGGUCAUAUCAAGGCAGAGAGUGAGAAGACACCGCCGCGACCUGCCCACAGCCCAAAUAAUUCUCCCCAUAAUCUCCCUCAUUUGAUACCAGUACCUACAAAUCUGUUAGAGAACAUCAAGCUGGCCAAUUCUCAGCCAUUACCAGCUCCUUUGAAAUUCGUGACUGCAGCAUCCAAGGAGGAUAUCAGCUUUUACCCAAAUUCUGUAAUUGGUUGUGCUGAAAAGGUCGAGCCAGCUGAACUAUUUGAAUCUAAAUCUCCAGCCUUCCUGACUCCACCGUGCACAGGUGCAGUGCUUGAUGUAGCCACGAGAGAGAAUGACCUAACAUCCAUAUCAUGUUCAGAAAUAAACACCGGCACUUUGCAGAAGAGUAUGGCUAGUAAUGAUGAUUCAAGCCUGAGCUCUCCCUUGGAUACAUUCUAUCUUAGCUUUGAACAAGAUUUUGUUUGCAAGGAUGAUUCACAAUCCUGCAAGCAUGGGCACAGUGCGGUCACUUUUGUAAGUGGUGAGGACAAAUUUACUGUACAAGAACUCCUUGCAUCUACACCAUAUAUUGCUUCUUUUGUAUCAAGCACAAGUAAUACCCUGCCAGAGGAUACCAAUUCUUAUCAGUCAUUCAAGAAACAAGCAGAUUCACAUUUGAGCGCACCAGUUGAUGAUCCUGUACAGACUAUUAGUCUAAGCAGUUCCCGUGUUAGUGAUGAGUGGCCAACAUCAGAAACAGUUCAAGGCGAAGCUUGGGACAUGGAUGCCACCAAACUUCUGAAUGUGGUAAGAGAAGACCUUGAUGCAAGAAGCAGCUCAUGCUCAUCAAGUAAACUACCUUCUGGACACAACCCAGUUAGAUCGGAUGCCAGCAAACUUCUGAAUGUAGUAAGAGAAGAUCUUGAUGUAAGAAGUAGCCCAUGCUCAUCAAGUACAGUACCUUCUGGACAUACCCCAGUUAGAUCCAAACUCAACGUGCCUGAAUCUAAUAUUGCCAAUAACCUAUCCAUACCAUCUGUAUCAGAAGCAGUAAGAUUAUCUACCGUGAUGGACGUUAAACCUUACACUUCCGAGGCCUGCAAUGGAGUCAAGGAGGAGGCAUCUCCUGCUAAGGAAGCUCUUGAUGUCACGUCAUUUAGGCAGCGCGCUGAGGCUCUUGAAGGUCUCCUGGAGCUUUCUGCGGACUUGCUGGAAAACAACAGGUUGGAGGAACUCGCCAUUGUUCUCCAGCCUUUCGGGAAGAACAAGGUCUCCCCAAGAGAAACCGCGAUCUGGUUGGCCAGAAGUUUUAAAGGGAUGAUGAACGACGAAGGUGGCCGCCUGUCGAUGUGAGUAUCUGUAACCUUAAAAGACCUUUUUAUUGCUUUUUCCCUUUCCGGUUUGAGUAGCUCAAAGUGGGCUUGAUUUGACGGGACUGUGUGUGGUGAUGUUUGUUGCCCGGUUUUCUUUCUUUUUUUUUUAUUCAACCAUUCUUUCUGGCGCAUGUUGUAAAUAGCCAAGACCUGUAAACACUAAUAAAAUUUGCCUUCAGUUUUGAGAAUUCUGAUACUAUUAUCUUCACCCUCCGUCCUUAAAGGAAUAUAAGAAGUUUUAGAUUUGAUGACACAUACUAAAAAGUUAGUGGAACUAAACGGUUGCGAUUGUUUCAUGAUUUGUUGAAAACUGGAAAUGCGGUAAAUUUUAGUAGUAGAAGUUUGUGGUUGGUUAAAAAGAGAAUGUGGAUAUAUAAUUAAUAUAUAUUUUAGGACAGAUUAUAAAUGGUAAAGAUUGUUACAUGUUGGGAUGGAUGGAGUAAUUUUUAGCCUGUCUGACAUGUCAAUGUAAAACUAAAACUGAAUAUAACGAUAUUCAUGAAACUAACACAUUUGUUUCCUUCUUCCUCUCCUCUCUUCCAAAAUAUAGUGAAGGAUUCACCCCGUAAAAAAAAACAAACUUCUAGUAUGAAUCUGGAUAUAUACAACUCUA